AUGAGGGUAACAGUGAUUCAUGCGGUAGGACUUCCUACAGCCCUGGCACUGGAGGAGGCUUCCAGCCCACCUCCUUCAUCCUACCUCCCUAUAAUUCCCAAGGUGAAGCUCCCUCCAAAACCCAUUCAACCUGCCAAGAGGGGGCAAAUGAAAGUACCAGGCUCUACUAAAAUCUGUAAGGACUGCAAAGUGUGGCCAGGGGGAAGUCAGGCUUGGGACCGGAGAGAAACAGGAACUGAGUGUUCUCCUGGUGUACAGCCUGCAGAUGUGCAGGAAGUUGUCGAGAAAGGCGUGCAGACCCUUGUUAUUGGCCAGGGGAUGAGUGAGGCCUCGAAGGUACCCUCAUCAACGUACCUCAGGAAAUAAGGCAUUGAUGUGCGGGUCCUCCAGACAGAGCAGGCACUGAAGGAGGAUAAUGCUUUGGUUACCCAAGGCAUCAGGGUGGGAGGGGUCUUCCAUUCCACCUGCUGA